AUGUUGGACCCAGAGGACUAUCUGGAAAUGACUGAGCAUCUUCCAAUGGACCUGCAUGACCACCUCACCAAGAUGCGCGAGAUGGACCUGCAGGUGCAGAAUGCAAUGGAUCAACUAAAACAAAGAGUCAGUGAAUUCUUUAUGAAUGCAAAGAAAAAUAAACUGGAGUGGAGAGAAGAGCAAAUGGCAUCCAUCAAAAAAGUUUACUAUAGAGCUUUGGAAGAUGCAGAUGAGAAGGUACAGUUAGCAAACCAGAUAUAUGACUUGGUAGAGCGACACUUGAGAAAGCGGGAUCAGGAACUGGCUAAGUUUAAAAUGGAGCUGGAAGCUGAUAAUGCUGGAAUUACAGAAAUGUUAGAGACGCGAUCUUUAGAAUUGGAUACUCCUUCACAGCCUGUGAACAGUCACCACACUCAUUCACAUAGGCCAGUGUGAAAAAGGAAAUAUAAUCCGAACUCUCACCAUACGACAACAGCUUG